UCAUAAGACACGAAAUAAAGACAAAUAGGAUAAAUGAGUCCCAUUUUGUUAUCAUGAGCCUUCUGACAUCUUCAAGCCUGUUGCGACAGCUCUCCUCGGACAACUACCUUGUGGUGCGUACGAUCUCUUCCCCUCUCUACACCUGUGAGUAAGAAGGGGUCUCGUCGUUACUUCCUAAGGUCUGUGAAUUAAGUAAUUCCUUACUAACACGUUAUUAGAAAUUUCCGCCUCUUAAGUGAAAGCCGUACUCGCUUCCACCUCUUUAAGAAUAUUCUUUCCUUACAUGAAAGUCGUUCUCGCUUUCAUCCUUAAAACCUUAUUCCAACGCAACCAAUAGAAGAACUUUACUCCUAUCCUUAUCUUAUAGAAGUUAUUUACUUCUAUCCUUAACACAAACACACAUCACUAGGGAAUCAUCACGUUACGUCUCGCUGUCCGGUGUCCCUACCUUCGUAUGCCAACCGCGUUACGUCUCGCCUUCCGGUUGCAUACCCAACUCGGCAAUGGUCUGCGUUACGUGUCGCCAUCCAGUACCAUGUCCGAUCAAUUACUGCGUUACGUCUCGCCGUCCAGUAGUGACCCAGUAUCCUCGAUCAAUUGUUGCAUUACAUAUCGUCAUCCAGCAGUGAUCCUACUAUCUACUGCGUCCAGUAGUGGCCCAACGCCCAGGGGUUCAUCUUACGUACAAAUAUACAUCACAAACAUAGUACAACGCGUGCCUCCACCUUAAGUAGGCGGUGGGAUGCCACACACACAUAUUCGCUCAAACUCAUGAAGUAGCUAGUAUAACUUGAAAUUAAUGAUAAACUAAGAGACCUCGAUGGGGAUUUUACCCCAUUCACACUCAUCUCUUAAGUGUUGAUACUUUACUUCUUUUGACGUGGAGUUCCUUAACUCGAUCGCCUCGUUAAUCCUAUAAAUCGAGAUUAAUUUUCCUUAAUCAGCAUUUCAAAAAAUUUUCCAUCCUCCUAGCUUAGUCACAAUAUUCUUUAAAAAGGUCUUAAACUCUUUCAAAUGACCUUUCCUCAAACUAAAAUAUUACCAAACAAUUUUAGGGCUUAACUCAUCUUAACUAAUUAGAUAACCCUAUUCAUAAAUCUCAUAAAAAUUCACAUAAAUUUUCCAAACAUAAACCAAAAUAACUAACUAUAAUUUACACAAUAAUUAGCCCCCUUUUCCUCAUUCAAUUUAACAUAACCAAUUUUUCAUCCUAUGCUACACAAGUCUAAAAUUCUAGUUCUCAAUUUUCUUACCUAAAUGCAAUAUUCUAGUCUAGCACAAUAUUAACAAAUUACUAAAAGAUAUACAUACAGUAAUUAAAUCAAUUAAAACAAAUAUAAUAUUAAUUUUAGUAAUUAUCAAAUCAUUUAUAAAAAUCACCAGAUAAUUUAUGAAUGAAGAUAUAUUAAUUUUAUUUCGUUAACAAUUAUUUUAACUAACAAGAUCUCUCGUAUACUAUUUUAUUUACAUAAAAACGUCUUUAUACCUAUUUUUAAAUUUAGAAAUAAAUUUCCAAAAAUUCUAUAAUUUAUAUCCAUACAUUCAAAAAAUAUUCUAUUAUUUAUAAAAUUAGUAAAUCAUGAAAAUACAAAUAAUAAUAACAAUAUUGAGAAAAUACUAUUUCCGACCCAUUGUUAACUUCUAAAAAUAUUAGGGACUAAGCUGCUCGCACUGAAAAUAUGGGGACCAACAAGUACAAUUUUACACAUACUGAAAUGAAAUUACUGUCCAGGUUCAUAUAUUUUUCGAAUAGACAGAUUUGGUACCUGAACUAUUCAAUUUAGGUCCCAAGCUUUCGAGGCUAGUAUCUUACUCGUUUGACGUCGAAAUUCGAUUCCGUCAAAACCGGGGUGCUCCUGAGAUGGUAGCAAGGUUUUGAAUUUUUAUUGAGGUCGAGUACGUCGGAUUCGCCGUCGAAGCUACCUUCACCACAUGGUUCGUCGGGUUAGUCGAGGCCUAAAAUGAGCUUAAGAAUCGACGAGACGGAGAACCUUACCCCUCAAUGUCAGGAGAAGACGAUGUGGUCAAGGGUCUCUAUGCUAACCUGAUCUGCCUUCCUGUCGUGGGCGUUCCGCGUGGAAGAAGGUCACGACGCCGCCUGCUGCUCCCGCAUCAGUGGUUGGCUUUCGAUGAGUAGGGAGGUCGAGUUUCUAUCCAGGGAAAGAGGAGGUAGAUGUUAAUGACGAGGAGUGGAAUGGCGAUGCUGCUACGGUUACGUGGGCAAUAAAAGAAAGGAAGAAUGAUGGUAACGAAAGGGAACUAGAGAGGCCGAGGGAGAGCUGGAAUGGGGUAACGUAGGUGAGAGGGGUUUAAUGGGAGGUGAGUUUUGUGGUCCUUUGUUUAUUUAGUUUGUUUAAUAUAAUAUUUUUUGUAACAUGGGGAUGAUGAUAAUAAUAAAGAUAUUAUUAUUUAUAUUAUAAUUAAAUCAUGGUUGCACCCAUUCGUAUGGAACAGUUGAUUCAAAGGUUCUUUCCUGAUGGUCGAACCCGAAUAGAAAUAUCGGGGGUGU